AUGCGCAAGCCAUACCGCUUCUACAGCCUUAACCGGCCGAAACUGCGCCAGUCGUGGAACAAGUACAACCUCUACAACCUCUACCGCAACGUCGGCCGCGAGCCGCAGAUCCGCGGCACGCCGACCUUCUUCCAGCAGAAGUGGGCUGCCAAGUCCAAGACGAGAUCCUACCACGGCGAGCACAUCCCUGAGAAGAAGUGGGUGCGCCUCUUCUCCCGCCGCCUCCUCUCCGCCGUCGACCUGCCGCCGCAGUACCUCGCCGCCAAUGACGGCUCCGAGCAGGCUGCCGGCCGCGGCUCCGGCCUCACCACGUCGAGCCUCACCGCCGAGUCCUACUCCAAGGUCCCCAAGUUCAGCACCCAGGAGAAGUCGCGCCGGCGGCCGCCCCCCUUCGGCGACGUCAACAAGCUCCUGUCCGACCAGUUCGCCAGCAUGACGCCCUACAUGCAAAUGACGUUUGCGCCGCUCGAGCGGAGGCUCGAUACUGCCGUCUUCCGGGCCUUGUUUGCCAGCAGUGUCCGCCAGGCGCGUCAAUUCGUGAUUCACGGUGCCGUCAAGGUCAAUGGCAAGAAGAUGAUCCACCCUUCGUAUCAGCUCAACCCCGGCGACAUGUUCCAGGUCGACAUCGAAAAGGUCAUGUACGGCACUGGCCAGCAAAAGGAGACGGACGGUAACAAGCGCCUGCGCGAGAACCUUGAGGCGCGCAAGAAGAAGGCCGACGCCUUUUAUCAAUCGGCUGUAAAGGGAGCCACCGAUGGUAAAGUCUCGGAAGGCGCUGCAGCCGACGCGGAAGCUACUGAAGGCCAGCAAGAACCCGAUGCGUCCGCCGCGGAGGAGGGUGCUGUCAAGGCUGAAGGCGCCGAGGCUGAGGAGGCUUCAACGCCGAGUCUUGAGUCGCUGAGCCAGGAGGAGCAGUGGAAGGUGACCAACAGGGCGCUCAAGUUCCUGCUCAAGGACGUCAAGAAGAUUCUGCAGAACAACCCCCGCGACCUAACCGCAAAGGAGAAGAAGCAGCUACGGCUGUUCCGGUCCGAUGCCAAGCGCUUCCUCUCACAUCCCGAAAACAGCGAGGUGGACGCCCAGGAGCUCAUGGAGGAGCUUCAGCUGCAGAUGAAGAGCCACGAGCUUAUGCGCGAGAGCUUUGAGAGGCUCGGACUCAAGGACAAGGAGGGAGCAGCGGAGGCGGCGGCCGAGGGCGAGCAAGAAUCGGAGCAGCACAACAGGCAACGCCAGACGGACAAGGGCCUGGAGGGUUUGUCCGAGGAGCAAAAGGAGAAGGCGAUGCGCAUCAUGGGCUCAUCCCAACUGUCGAGGGAGGAGAUGCGCAAGCUGGGCAGGCUCCUCAAGUACGACGAGGAGAACCCCGUCGACGACAGCAAGCCGUACGCCACGCCGUGGCGGCCACGGCCAUUCAUGUCGGCAUUUGCCUUCAUUCCGCGCUACCUCGAGGUCAACCCCAACAUCUGCGCAGCCGUAUACCUCCGCCACCCCGUCGCGCGAAAGGGUAUGGCAGAGGUGCCGACGCCCUUCAGCUACCUGACGAACCAGCUGACCCACAACUGGUACCUGGAGCGGGGUUGA